UUUUGAGCCCCAGUGCGCAGAUGCGGAUGUGACGCCAUUAGAGUGUGGGGUUGUAGUCUGUUCUGGGAACCCUGGUGGUUGCUAGCUGGUCAACCUUUUUUUUGCGACAGACAUGUGGAAGACUCGUUAAUGCCCACGAGUGGCUAUUCAGCUAGUUCAUUCAGCAAAAGAAAUAGUCGUUAAUUCUUCCAACGGCACGUCGGGCUUCAGUUUGAGGCGGUUGGGUUUCUUCUUCUGCGUGUAGCUGAAUCAGAAACAAUCGGAACAAGGCGAGGAGCGAUGUCCCACUACUCGUCCUCCCGGAGCUCGUCUCGGGCGACCGACUGUAAAGUGUACGUGGGCGACCUGGGCAACGGAGCGGCCAAGGGGGAGCUGGAGCGGGCAUUCAGUUAUUACGGCCCCCUGAGGACUGUCUGGGUGGCCAGGAACCCGCCCGGGUUCGCCUUCGUGGAGUUUGAGGAUGCCAGAGAUGCAGAAGAUGCUGUGAAAGGCAUGGAUGGAAAGGUCCUUUGUGGUUCCCGUGUCCGCGUAGAGCUGUCGACGGGCCUCUCCCGCAAGGGCCGCGGGCGCCCCAGCCGGCGCCAGUUUGACCCCAAUGAUCGGUGUUACCAGUGUGGGGACCGGGGCCACUACGCCUACGACUGCUACCGCUUCAGCAAGCGAGGAGGCCGGCGCAGCAGGUCUCGAUCUCACUCCAGGUCUAGGUCCAGGUCCCGUGGGCGCCGUUAUCGCUCUCGCUCCCACAGCCGUAGCCGCAGCCACAGCCGGAGCCGUCGUCGAUCUCCAUCCUAUUCCAGGCGCAGGAGCAGGUCUGGCUCUCCCGCCCGUUCCAAGUCCCGGACUCCAGUGAGAAGUCGUUCCAGAUCUCGGUCUGGCUCUGCGCGCAGACGACGCUCUCCCUCCCGAUCUCGCUCACCAUCUCCAGCAGCCAAUCACAAGAGGAACAGCGUGUGGUGGGAGCUGAGCACCGCACUGUCACCACAGCUGAUCCCAGGCCCAGGGUCUGCCAGCUGGCGGUGUGUACGUCCUGCGGGAGGGUGACUAAGCGCUGACCUGAGAUCAGCCUUCGUCUGCAUCUGGUGUUAGACAGCGAGAAAGAGGUCGACCUUCCGACCGAGCCCUCCCCACAGUGAAUGGGUGACCGUCUGUUCAACCGACGCACACGCUAAGACGAGAUCAGCCCGUGCACACAUACAGUUGUUCUACUAGAGUUCUACUAGAGUCACCCAGCCAGCCUUCAGAUGUACCAGACGGCUGACCCACACAGAUCAGAGUUCGACCGCUACCUUUUUAAAUCCAUUACCUACCUACCAGACCCCCCUACCUACCAGAGUUCUUCGGCCUCUGUCUUAGCUUCUGAAAGAGAGCUGACGAGAGAUCAGUCUUCAAGAGCCUCCCAGCGCAGUGUCUCUCCGAGUUGUAGUCGUCCGUCCUACAGUCCUUUCAUCCUUCGCUUCUCUGUACUUGUUGUUUCUGCCACUGUCUCCAAAGGUAACCAAAUAUCCAACCCCCUGACAAGCUCAUGUUCAUGGUGAAAGAAAAUGCCCAGGUCUGAUGUAGUCUAAAUAAAACUGGUGAUUGUAGAGCUAAAGUCGAGGCUUUAACAAGCCUGCUCAGAGAACAAAUGUGUGUUUGCAUGCAAGUGCGCUUGGGUGAUUGAGUGAGAGCAAGGCAAGGUGAAUUUUAAUGGGUUGAUCUCUGAGGAGGGUUUGUCAGAUAUGUUUUUCUUGUUGCGACAUCAUUACCGUUUUAAGCAGCUGCUUUAUCAUUUAUCGCAGUACAAUAAUAGUGGUGGCUUUCAGGGGUGCAGGUCCUCCUCUGGUCAUGGUUUAGAACAGUCUCCAUUAGGGCUGAAUGAUACGAGGAAAUAAUUUAAUUGCAUUUUUUACACUUAAAUUGUGAUUCAAUAUGCGACUUAAUUUUUUUUAUAUUACAAAAAAAAAUCCUGUAUUGGCUCUACAUAAGCAAUACUCAUUCUAUAAUAUGACAACACAACAUUGGACACAGUCAACGUAAGCUGUGCUUUCCUGUGGGCCAGGCCUACGUGUUGUGAGGAAAUUAAGAUAAAUUCAUAUGAAUAAUACCUUUUUAUUCAGCUGCAAAAACCUUCAAUCACGGAAGAACAUUACACCUUGUAACUUUAGUUUGUGUGAUUUGAUGGUUAUAUUUCAAGAUUUAAAGUGUACACUGACUAAUAUGGCUCUACCACUCACCUCGUUGUACACGUGUUGCUAAGCGUUCCCGCUUCAGCUACCAGAUUGUGGUCUGGAAGCACGCGGAUCCUCAGAGCAGACACUUUAAAUCUGUUGUCACGAGUGACGAGACUGUCAAGGAACCGUCAGGAUUUCAUAUGUGUGUUUUUACCCUGGGAGGGUUCAAUUGUGUGUUUAGCUUUUGACAUGACAUGUAUUUCUACAAAUAGUAAGUUGCCUUAGACGAACUUAAAGGGAAAAACUCAUCUGGUCCUUGGUCUGAGACAGUUAACAAGUACCCGCACCUAUCCAGUCAUGGGCUUUCUCAGGAUGUACACCGUGUUAAGAUGUUGAGUAAUGUGGGGAUUCUGUGUCUGCUCAUUCUUCCAUCCUCCCCUGUGGCGAGCUAACUCCUCUUUGUUUCUGUUUCAGUCGUUCCCGUACAGCGAGUCCUCACCGAAGCCCCACGCCCGCAGACGACUGAGCGAGGAAGACUUAUUAGUUCCUUAACAGACAGACCCUCUACACUGCACCCCGUCUGCUUUCAAAGCCCCACAGCAGCUGUUUUUGUACUUUUGUCUGUUUAGUCCCUGUCUUUUUUAAGAUUAAUUUUCUCCCCGGGGCUGUAGUCUUCGUGCGGCCUCAGAUUGUUGAAGAUUUAGUGAGUAUAGCAGACAAAAAAAUAAGUUUCCAUUUGAUAGAAAGUGUACUGGCGCUGCUGCGUAGCUUGUCUUUCUUCUCUGAGGUCGCGUAUCGUAGCAAGUGUAAGAAGCAACACCUGUGUUGAGGUGAUACUGGAUGUUGCCGUUGGCUUUUAGCAGUGAUAUGAGAAGCUCGUACAGUACACUUUCUCUGGAAGGUAGCCCGGUUUAUGCGUUCUGAGAGCAAAGACAUUGCAUCGACAACUGCUUUUAUUCCCUAAAAUUUCUAAACCAUCAAAAUAUUUUCCCCAUUGAGAAUCGGCAAACACUUUUUUUUUUUUUU